AUGCAGGAAGCCGACCUGGUUGCCAAGAUGCUUCGAGCUGUCCUCCAGUCCCAUAAAGAUGGAGUACCCUUUUCUCAUUUGCAAGGGGAGUAUAAAUCUUUAACUGGAGACUGGAUCCCUUUUAAACUGCUGGGGCACCCUUCUUUGGAAGCAUACCUGAAAAGCGUUCCUGGAGUGGUCAGGAUUGAAAUUGGUAAAACUGGGGAGGUCACUUGCCACGCCGUGGCUUGCCAGGAGACUGCAAGGAUUGCUCAGCUCGUCGCUCGCCAGAGGACUUCCAGGAAAAAGUCAGGGAGGCAAGUGAAUUGCAGGAUGAGGCUGAAAAGAAGCGCUCCCCUCGCCUUAGUGGGCAAGCCAAAGUGCACGCUGAGGAAGCCUGGAUUCACAAGUCCCGCAGAGAACAGCGAGAGGCCAAUGCUCCCGCUGCUGCAGAGCAGGGGAGGCCACGCCGUCUUUAGACCUUGUGUGAGCGGCCCGCCGUACCCUCUGUCCCCGGCUUUCAGGAGCGCCGAAUCGAGAGAAGUCUUAAUACAGGGACACAUGACGGUGAUGAACAGACCUGAAAAAAGGCUAGUCCUUCCUCCGCGGUUCCAGAAGGAGCUUCAGGCACAUCUGUCGAGAAACCUGUCCUGUGACUUGAAUGCCAACGAAGCGAGGUGCGUAAUCCAAGCUCUUCCUGCUUGUCCUUCAAAUGUCAAUAUAAUCGAGGUUCAGAGACGAGUCAGAGAGAUCCUGAACAGAUUCCCCAGCGGAAUAUGGUUAUCGAAGUUACCGCAUCUGUACAAAGAGGUGUAUAAAGAGGACUUCAACCCGGCCUUGCUGCCACAGUUUGAAUACUGGCCUCAUGUUUGUAUAGCACAGAAGGUGUGCUCUGGAGGCCAUCGGGACAUCCUUCUCUUCCCUGUGCCAAAAACGCAUCUCCCAGUAAAGAGUGCCUUAAGCCAGGAAGGAAAACCUCAGUCCACGUUAAUCAAAGAGCCUACCCAGAACAAAGGUGCUGCUGCGUCCCAUGGGGACUUGAAGCAAAAAAUCGCGGCCAUCCUGUUAAACUAUUCUAGUGGUCUCUGGGCUAACGCGCUGCCAAAGGUGUACGAAGACACCUACAAAGCGACGUUCCCGCAAGACGUUCUGAACCACCUCGACUCGCUCUCGGACGUUUGCACCGUGGACUACGUGGCGGGCAACCCCAAAAAAGCAAUCCUCUAUGCAAAAUCGAAAGAGAACACCAAGCCUGUGAACGCUACUUGCAAAGUACAUGAGGACCUGAAGAGAGUGGCAGAGCAGGAGGCGUCUGCAAUAAUACAGGAACCCCAAGAGGAGAGUUCGGAAGAUACAACCGUGCCUCCUUUAAUUGUCCCAGCAGAGACGUCGCCGUCGGUUUUGGUCGUGGAGCUGGACAACACAAACGAAGUUGUGAUCAGGUACGUAGGCAAAGACUAUUCCGCUGCCCAGGAAUCAAUGGAAGACGAGAUGAAGGAUUACUAUUGCCAGCAGAAUCCCUCCGUUUUUCCCGUACAGUCAGUUAAAGUUGGACAGCUCGUUGCCGUGCCCGCAGAGGAGGACGCCUGGCUGCGGGCAAAGAUCGUUGCGGUGGAAGGCAACAGAAUAAAGGUGUGCUACGUUGACUAUGGCUUCAACGAAAGCAUUGAAAAUACCAAAGUGUACAAACUAGCUAAGCAGUUCUAUUCGCUGCCAUUCCAGGCUUCAAAAUGUAAACUGGCAGGGUUGGAGUCCUUCUGCGAUGACCAUGUCUUGGUGAAAAUGGUGGAUUCUCAAACCUGUGGCAAAAUAUUUGCAGUCGAGAUACUGGAGAAGAGUGACAUUCCUCUCGUUGUCCUUUAUGACACUUCAGGAGAGGACGAUAUCAACAUCAACGCUGCUUGCCUGAAGGCACUUUGCGACAAAUCUCUUGAGCUUCAUCUCCAGGUGAAUGCACUCUAUACAAAUGUAAGAGUUACCAAUGUAUGUUCAGACGGGACUUUAUACUGUCAAGUGCCAUCAAAGGGCCUGGCCAAGCUCUCAGAGUGUUUGCAGAAACUGGAAAACUAUUUCCACCACAAGGUAAUUACGAGUAAAUGCUCGGUGUCGUUACCUUACUGUGGCAAGAUCUGCUUGUUUAACUCUAAAGGAAAAUGGGCACGUGUGGAGAUUACAAGCGUUCACAGCAGUCGGGCUCUCGAUGUGCAGUUUAUGGACACUGGAACAGUAGCAUCUGUAAAAGUGGCGGAGCUGAGAGAGGUCCCCCCGUCAUUUCUGCGAGAAAUCGUUGCAAUACCACCUCAGGCAACAAAGUGCUGCUUGGCUGACCUCCCUCUUCACAUUGGGAUGUGGACUCCAGAUGCGGUACUUUGGCUGAGAGAUACUGUCUUAAACUGUCCUGACUGCAGCAUUAAGGUUGUUAAACUGGACAAGUCCCACAGAAUUGCACACAUCUAUUUAUUCACACCAAAGAACUUCCCAGACCCGGACCGCAGCAUAAAUAGGCAGAUCACUAACGCGGACUUGUGGAAGCACCAGAAAGAUGUGUUCCUGAGUGUCUCUUCUAGCGGUUUCCCCCUUGGGAAGGGGAAAAUGGACUUUCCGCAGUGGAGGAAUGUAAAUGCCGAGAAGGGCCCUGCUGGUUCAGUUCCACCCGCCGCGGAGCCCGGCGGGGUGAAAGCGGCGUCGGAUAUGCCACCACCAUUGCCGCUGCCCAAACCCGGGGAGCAGAUGGACAUCUUUGUCUCGCUGGCCUGCCACCCGGGCUACUUUGUCUUCCAGCCUUGGCAGGAGAUGCACAGUUUGGAAGUGCUGAUGGAAGAGAUGCUGCUCUACUACAGCAGAGCAGAGGAGAGACGUGUCGCUGUAGAAAAGAACAAGCUCUACGCUGCUAAAGUGGAGAACAGGUGGUACAGAGUGAUAAUAAAAGGAGCGUUGGCGAAUGGGCUGGUGUCGGUAUACGAGCUGGACUACGGGAAACAUGAGCUCGUGAGCAUCCAAAAAGUACAGCCUCUGCCAGACGUAUUCCAAAAACUGCCGUUUCAGGCCAUAACAGCCCAGCUUGCUGGAGUUGAUCGGCAGCAGUGGUCCGAGGAAGCAGCGGUGGUCUUCCGAAAUAACGUUGAGAAGAAAGCUCUGGUCGCACAGUUGCAAGCAGUUGUCGAUGGAGCUAAUCCUUGGGACCGAAAAGUCAUUACCUACUUAGUUGACACUUCCCUGCCAGAAACAGAUAUAUGGAUCCAUGACCUCAUGACCCAGUACUAUAUGGAGAUUUCAAAAGCUUAAUUAACCGGUUUUUUGAAACUUGAGUACCUUGAGCAAUAAGAAUGUGGUAGGCUUUUAAAAAAUAUAUAUGUGAAU